AUGAACAAAAGCGAGAAGAGAUCUCCAUUCCAAUGGAAGACCUCUUCCCUAUUCUAUCCCUCCUCCACCCCUUCGCCACCUUUCCAAAUUCCCCUUCCUCGUUCCCAGAACACCCAAACCUUCCCAAAAUGCCCCUCGCCCUCGUCCUUCUCUUCCAACCCGAGGCCUCAGCCUUUCCGUCCCUUCCCUCGUCUCUCUUCCCGAAAAAGCCCCCCCAAAUUCUCCUCUCUCUCCCCCGCCGCUGAGAAGCUCGUCUUUCUCGAAUCCCUAGGCAUUGACCCCUUCUCCUACCGUCCGAUCCUCUCCAUCCCUCUCUCCGAUCUCAAAUCCACCGUUGAUUUCCUCCUCUCUCUAAGCUUUUCCUCGCCGGAGAUCCGCCGGAUCGCCGGCAUGUGCCCUGAGAUCCUCGCGUCUUCACCAUCCGAUCUCGCCCAUGCCAUCACCUUCCUCCUCCGCGAGGCCGGAGUUUCCGGCAGCGACCUCCGCCACGUGAUCAACCGUCGGCCACGCCUUCUCGUCUCCUCUGUCGCCGGCCGGCUUCGCCCAACCCUCUACUUCCUCCAAAUGCUCGGAUUUCCCACGUAA